UGCUCAUACUAAUAGACAGUGUCUAGGCUGGCUAGAUCAUAGAAGGAAUAACAAGCAACUUUACCAGUCAUGAAAACUUUAGUGAAGUAAUUUUUUUUUUAUAUAUAUCUCAAUACAUCAAUUUUAUACGUACGUGCAGCCAACAUGUCUCACAUGUAACAACUGUUGAGUUUUCUUGAAAACGUUUGCUUAAUUAUAUUAAUCUGGAAAUAAUGGUUUCAAAUCUUUCGGCUAGCCGCAAAGAUUUACGAUUUUCUUUUGAUUUUUGAUAUGGAACUUGCUAGAGACAUUCCGAUACAAUUUUACAACUACUGUCGAAGUCUUGAAGAGGAAAUAGAAACGCUUUGUGAUCCCAGACCUUGUAGUUUGGAGGGAGUUGCUAACAAGUUAUUCUUGCCGACAUCAUUUUGUUCUGCUCCUUCCCACUGUGAUUCUUACGUUCAACACCAGGAGGGCUGCUCAGAUAAUUCUGAAGACUUUUUCCUUGACGGUUUACGCCAAAAACGUGACUCACUGAAAUACGACGACGAAUUUCCAUCCCAACCUCAACGCCACGCCGCAAACAUUCGCGAACGAAAGAGGAUGUUGAGUAUCAAUUCUGCAUUUGAAGAACUGCGGUCUCACGUGCCGACUUUUCCGUACGAGAAACGCCUGUCUAAGAUUGAUACACUACGGCUUGCUAUAGCCUACAUAGCGUUAUUACGGGAUAUGCUUGAUGAUGACGCGCACGACCCCGUGGAUUACGUGGAGCAGUGUCUGAGAACGUGUGAGGGCGGACAACGUCAGGCGCAAUGGAACACUAGUGAUUUAACGGCAAGACUUUCGUGGGUGAAAUGGGAAAGUCUUGGAGUACGACGACGCUCCAACCCCAACGCUUACAACCCGAAUGCAUGCUGACACCUGGCUCACAACUACAUGAUAUUAUAAAUAGCAAUAUACAAACACGAAUAGAGAGACAAAAUCCAAUUGUAAAAUGAAAUAACUUAAAAAAUGGAUAUUUCGCCUUCUGAUGAGUUUUAUUGAAGUACAAUGUAGCACACUUGAUAAUAUCAGGAGGGAAUGUGAAAGCCUCAUGAAGUGUGAUAUGAUGCUUCUAAUUACUAAUUCAAGAAAUUAUUGAAUAACGUGAUUUUAUUAACAACUGGAGUCUGUGAAACAUCCUUGCUCAAGAGUGUUUGUGGUUUUGUAAAUAUUGUAAAAU